CAGUCCAGAAAAAUCAGAAUUUUCCAUUCAACAAUGAAUUGUCCAGUGCAACUGAUAGUCGCGAUUUUUAUGAUUAAAUCUGCUUAUUCUCAAGUUACUACAUCAAAUGAUAUCCCUGGGACUUUGAAAUGUGAAGGCUGUUCCAUUUAUAAACUCACGGAAAAUGACAAAAAAGAAAUUUUGUUUGCCCACAAUUCCCUUAGAGAUAAAUUGAGUCAGGGUAUCGAAGGAAUGGGUAACCCAAGGCCACAACUGAAAGCUAUCAACUUAGAACAUCUGCAAUGGGACGAAGUUUUAGAGGAGGAAGCUUGGAAUGAACUCUAUUCGUGCUCAUCUGACCUGGACUUUCGUGAUUGUUUUACAUAUCUCUCUAAUCCUUUAACAGGUCACAACUAUGACUACAUAUUUAAUUCCUUCAACUCAAGUGAUUCUGUGCUAUCUAUUGUUAAGAAAUGGUCCUCUCAAGCGAAUACGUUCAACCACGAACAUGCCAGCUCUUUAACCGCAAGUGAUCUCACAGCCGCUAGAGCGUACACUCAGAUGGUUUGGAGUAGAAGCACGAAAAUUGGAUGCGCUGCUUUCAAAGAAAAAAUAGUAGAAUACACCGAUAUGACUCACUUGAUUUGCAAGUACAGAGAACCUGGAAACAUUAUUGGUCAACCAGUUUAUUUUACCUCGUCUACUGUCCUUCAUCAACCUCCAACUGGUAUUAAUAGUAUGACAACAAGUUUCAAAACUAACAUACCAAACCUUCCUACUAAUGACGGACAAAUAGUUACUGGUGAUAUGACAUCAAAAUUCAAUACUAACAUACCAAACCUUCCUACUAAUGACGGACAAGUAGUUACUGGUGAUAUGACACCAAAAUUCAAUACUAACAUACCAAACCUUCCUACUAAUGACGGACAAAUAGUUACUGGUGAUAUGACAUCAAAAUUCAAUACUAGCAUGCAAAACCUGCCUCCUAAUGACGGACAAAUAGUUACUGGUGGUAUGAUAUCAAAAUUCAAUACUAACACACCAAAUAUGCCACCUAAUGGACAAAUAGAUAUUGAAGGUAUGAUACCAAACUUCGCUACUAACUCGCAAAACAUUCCCCCUAAUGACGGACAAACAGUUACUGGUGGUAUAACAUCAAAAUUCAUUACUAACAUACAAAACCUUCCUACUAAUGACGGACAAAUUACUACCAGUGGUAUGAUACCAAAUUUCAAUAGUAACUUGCAAAACCUGCCUCCUAAUGAGGGACGAAUGGUUAUUGGUGGUAUAACAUCAAAAUUUGCUACUAACAUUCCAAAUCUGCAUUCUAGUGACGGACGAAUUGGUGUUGAUAGUUGGCGAAUAUCUUCUAAUACUGGUCUGAAUGACAUGAGUAAUCAAAUCAAUUCAUUAUUUGAAAAAAUCCUUUUCUGUCUAAAGCAAAUUAUUCGGUCUUUGAUAGAUCAAUUACCGUAAAUAAUAAAGUUUGUUUAAUUACU